CAGCAAAUAGGACUGCAGAGUUGCGGAAGUAAGCUACGGAUAUACGGCAGCAUGGCGCUGACAGCGAGCUUGGGAAGGUUACUUCUGAUGAAGCAAGCAGUCCCACCUCUCAGUGCUCCAAUCAGGACCCUUACAAGUCUAUCACAUCAUUUUAGUGGGAUUCACAUGCCAUCAUCCUUGUUACCAGCCGGAAGCAGCAUCCUAGCACGCAACCUACCCUUACACUGGAGCUUUUUGCCUGUUCGAACCAAAAAGAGAGGCAUGGAGUACCAGCCAAAAUUUCUGAAACGUAAACGAACACACGGGUGGCUGAAGAGGAUUAGCACGAGAGGUGGAAUAGAAGUGAUUCUACGAAGGAUGCUAAAAGGACGGAAAUCUUUAACACACUGAAUCACAACAGUACUGCGUGUGUCUCUAGCUCUCCAAUCUUACAGAUUUCGUAAAAAAAAUAAAAUUAUUCUUUCUUGCUGUUAACAAUA